AUGUCCCCAAGAGGUUGGGGUCCAAAUGCCCGGAAGGAUCAACAAGAACGCGUUUAUCCAGUGCUGGAUCAUGGUGAGCUGGUGGUGUUUCGCGACGAGGAUCACGAGAUACAGAACCUGUGGGAUGGGGCGAUUGUUUCACGCUGUGACGAGGAGUUUGAUGAUGCAUGGGUGGCCAUGACGUGCACUGAUGGCAAGAGCAGUAUAUUUUGUGCAGUUUGGAGCCGAUUCCAAGUUCUGCCUCAGCAAGGUGAAGCCUUCAGGGCAUAUGCCGACAACAUGUAUGCCACCACGGUGGAAGAGCCUUUGUUUUCGGCGGGUGAAAUCCUGGUGUGUGGAAAACAGGAGCUCGUCGAGGGCAACAGCUUGUAUACCUCGGCCAAGACGUUUGAGGAGCUUAAAAUCUCCGAGCCGCUGCUGAGAGGGAUCUACUCCGAGAUGAAGUUUGAGAGGCCGAGCAAGAUCCAGGCCGAGACGCUGCCGCUGAUCAUGAAUCCCCCGCAUCGCAAUCUGGUGGCUCAAGCGCACAAUGGCUCUGGGAAAACUACAUGCUUUGUUCUCGGCAUGCUAAGUCGCGUCAACACUUCUUUGCACGAACCCCAAGCUCUGUGCGUUUGUCCAACACGAGAGUUGGCACUCCAGAACCAAGCAGUGCUCGAAAGAAUGGCACGCUUCACUGAUAUCAAAUCGACCUGUAUCAUACCUCCUACGGAAAGUAUCAGGAGCUCACUCCUCGGACAUAUAGUCGACCAAGUUAUCUUUGGAACUCCUGGGUCUUUGGAGAGGGCUAUCGUCAACGAGAGAAACUUAGACGUGCAACACUUGAAAGUUUUGGUGUUUGAUGAGGCUGAUCAUAUGCUAGACCAGAAUGGGUUUCGUGACUUUUCCAUGAAGCUAUUGCGACGCAUCAACAAGCAAGCACCGAGUUGCCAGCUCUUGCUGUUCUCUGCAACUUUCAGCGAAAAGGUGAAGAAUUUCGUGUCCAAAAGCAUCCCGAUAGCAAACCGAGUAUUCGUCGAAAAGCUCGAGCUCUCGCUGGACGUCAUCAAGCAGUACCGUGUAGAUUGCCCCUCUGAAGCUGCCAAGUUUGAGGUUCUCAAGGAUAGAAUCUUCCCCAUUGCCGAGAAGCUCGGACAGUCGAUCAUCUUCGCCAAGAGCCAACGUAGUGUGACCGAGCUGCACGAGAAGCUGGAAGCAGACGGUCAUAAGUGCAGUUCUAUCCAGGGAGGAUAUAGUCCCGACCUCCGUGACAAGAUCAUCGACGAGUUCCGACAGGGAAUAACCAGGAUCUUAAUCUCAACUGACGUUCUUUCGAGGGGGUUCGAUGUCGCGCAGGUCACCUUGGUCGUUAACUUCGAUCUUCCAGUCACGCGGGAUUAUCCCAAGCAGCCGGACUAUGAAACUUAUCUACACCGCAUCGGCCGAAGUGGAAGAUUUGGAAGGAAAGGAGCUGCAUUUAAUCUGGUUGUCACACAGGAGGACACGAGGAUGCUAACUCUGAUCGAGGAGCACUUCGGCAAAACCAUUUCACCGGUGGCCUGGGAUGAUGACGAAGCUUUCGAAAAGGUUUUGAAGGAGGCCGGACUAGCUUAAAAGUCAAGAGGAGUUUUUCCGGAGUUGUUUCGAUUUCUAUAGCUAGGCAACAAA